AUGGCCGCGAUCCGAAACAAUCCCGAAGCCCUCCGGUACGCCAGCGCCAACUGCCGCGACCGGCUGGAGCUGGUUCGGGCCGCGGUCGCGGCGGAAAGAAGGCACUGCGACGAGGCGGGUCGUGAUUCUAUUUUGCACGAGCGUCCAUCUAGAUCUACUUCUCGGCAACCCUCGUCGCCAAAGGCGGACACCUCCCGGACGGCGGGGACGAGGGAGGAUGUUGAUGCGCAACAAGAGGCACAAAGAACCGCGGGUAGAUAUCUGCGGUUCGCGUCGGCUCGGCUGCGCCAAAAUUACGCGCUGGUGAGGUAUGCGAUCGAGAAGAACGCCUGCAACCUGGAGUUCGCAGACGCGGAGAAUCUGCGGGACAACGAGGAGCUAGUCGCUUUCGCAGUGCAGCUGUCCGGGGUCGCGCUGCAAUACGCCUCGGCGCGGUUGCGGAACCGGGAACACAUCGUGCGGCGCGCGAUCGACCAGGGUGCGGCUGCCGAACAGCAACGUGGACGAGAGAGUGUUUCUUUGGGAGACCACCACAAGCACCACAGUCGGAAUUAUACUAAAAGCCCGGAUUGCAGACCGAUUUCGUUCAGCGAUUUGCGGUACCGCGACUACGCACUCGCGCUGUACGCGGUGCAGCAGUGCGGCGGGGCGCUGGAGUACUUGGGCGAGGACUUUCGGGAUGACGACGGUAUCUGUUGGG